CUCCCCUAAGGUGAAUCAAAGAGAGUUUAUGGUCAGAGUCCCAUGGUCCUGCAGGGCAUUUCCAAGAAGGAAUUUGAAAGCUUACUACGGGCCCUCAUGUACAAGUCAUUGUGCAUGCCAAGUCUCCAUCUGCAUUUGACACUUGCUCCUUUGCAUGCAGACGACAUGGAACAAACAAGGGCUCGUAUUUGGACUACGACCAAUGGAUGUCAGUCCUCAAGUUAUCGACGACGUGGGAGUUCACUGGGUUGCAUAACACCGCCAUUGAAUACUUGGAUUGUCCUCUCCGGCCUCUUGACCCCAUAACCAAAGUGGAAUUGGCUUUACAAUACAAUAUCCAAGAGUGGUUACUCUUGGCUCUGCUGGUGCUCGUGCGAAGAUCCGCUCCGAUCAGCAUAGAGGAAGGGCAUCGUAUUGGUUUCGAAAACGCACUGAAGUUGGCUUCGGUGAGGGAGAAACUUCGGCUGGAGACGGCCGUGGAAGAAUUCCCAUACAUCUACCACGACGGUGGCUCAACUCGGCAUGCCAUUCAUCAAUGCAACAUUGGAUACGUUGCCCUCGGUGAUAGGGACGAAGACGCUGAAAACCUUGACUACACUCCAUUUAUACGCAAAGUUUUCGCUUACAAUGGUUGCCUACUAGCCAAUAUUGCUAAGGAAGCAGCCACUGCGACAUCCUCAUCAUCAGUGCACCCUCAUGUUGCUGGGUCUUCAGGUCCUGACUCCGCCAUAGCUACAAUACCAGUACCACUCGGACAGCCAUCAGUAACAGUAGGCCCUUCACAAUUUAUUCCUGGAUCACUGACUAGUUUUGUUCCCAAUGAAGAUGAUGUGUUGAUGGGCAUGGCAGACCCUUGUGGUAGAGGUAUGUCAGACUCAGCCCAUGUGAUGGGUCGCUUGGUGAACUCCGCUGCACCAGAUGCCGCAAAUGACCAUCCUCCCAACUUCAAGACUGAAUUUCAUCCCCAUAGUAAGCGCCUGACCCUUUUCCAAUUCGCUGGAGAGUUUGGCCAGCAAAACCUCAAAUGCAUGCCCCCAGACUGUGAGCCCUGGCGCCCUUUUGCCUCAGAGGGUGAUUACAUCUUUGCCUCGAUCGCUGUGGAAGCUGGGCUCAGCUCAAAUCAAGUUGACUCCCUUCUCAAGUUGGUUCACUGUAUAAGUCAAGGAACUGCAAGUGUCAUGCUACACAAGGAUGCUGGGCUAUGUACUGCUUUGGAUAGAGUGGCGGCACAGUUAACACUGUUCUCCAAGUUCGAAAUUACCAUGCCCUAUAAGGGCAAUGACGUGACAUUCCCCAUCCAUAUCUGCCCUCUGGGGGACUGGGCCCUCGACCUCUUGCAAAAUUCCUCCCUUGUACCACACUUCGUCUGGGAUGCCCAAUGGCUCUUCAAACAUGAUGGUGAGAGAUAUGAGCGCUUCUACACAGAACCUUGGACAGGCAAUCAUUGGUGGGAUAUUCAACUAUUGUCCCAUGGUACUGUCAAGGGCUACCCUGUCAUAGCACAUUGUGUGAACCUCCCAGUUCAUGUUCGCAAUGGUGAGCAAUAUGGCGGUGGCUGCAUCGUUGGCUGGCUUCCAAUUGUUCCUGAGCUUGCAAAAGAAGAGGGAAAGACUGGCUACACAAACUUCAAACGUGUCAUCUGGCAUACAGCAUUUUUUCAGCUCCUCGAGAAGGUUGUGGAGCUCUCAAAGGUCGGUUAUCUUCAUGAAUGCUACAACAAGGUUCUCUGCUGGCUCUUCCCACUUGUCCUUAUCCUGUCUGCCAACUAUGAAGAACUCUGUGUGAUGACCCUUAUACAAGGCACAAAGUCCAAGUGCCCUUUCCUGUUUUGUCUGGUCCCCUUGGAGCAGCUUUGGGAUCUGAAGAAGACAUAUGAAAUGUGUACUACUGAGCAACACAAAAGAGCACUGGCAUUAUUCGAGGAGAAGAAGAUGGUUGGUGAGAAGAAACUGAAGUCCCUCGGGUUACAUCCUGUCAAGAAUGCUUUUUGGUCAGUAGAACAUUCAGAGCCUGAACAGGCUGCCAGUUUUGAGCCACUUCACUCCCUGCAUGGUGGCAUGGGAGGCAAGCACAUCCAUGGGGAACUCAGGAUUGUCAUCAGUGAGCUUGGCUGUGAUUCCAAGACACGUUUAGAAGCACAAGUUUCUGCCUUUCCCCAUUGGCAAAGCCUCACACAUUUCGAUACAGUGAUUCACAUCACAUUUUCUGAUGGAAAUAACAUGCAAGAUCUCACCAGGCAAUGUUUCUAUGCCUCCCUCAACAUUUUGAUGCUGAUGAUGUCUCGAAAGACUCUUGGUAUGAUCGAAGAUGAACUUCUCAUCUUCAGGGAUGAACUAAAGUUGUACCGAUCCUUUGUUCGUCAUUUGGAUGAUACGGAUCUGAAGGAUCAUUGGAACUUUCCAAAGGUGCAUCUCUGGAAGCACAUUACCUGUGACAUUCGAAGCAAAGGCAUUGUUCGUAACUACAGUGCCUGGCCCAAUGAGAAAAUGCAUGGCCCGCUCAAAGACGCAUACCAGGAUUGCUCAAAUGGAAAGGAUACUGCGGGGCAGAUUCUCCAUGUUGACCACCACCAACUUGCAACCAAACUCAUUCAGGCAUGCAUCGAUGCAGAAAACGAGUGUGUUAACGAUGCUACCAAUGACGACGAGGACCACAACACAGUACUCGAAGGGAAUGCCAAGCUUGGCGCACCCCAGCAGACUCACUCACUCUCUGAUGUUGAGAACACUAACCAAAACGACCGGGCAUUUGAUGGAUUCCAUUGGAAGCUAGAAACUUUCCUCAACACUUGCCUCCCGACUUAUGGGUUCCCCCUCGACAAGUGGAUACAAUUACAAGCAACACAUACAGUACGUCCUCUUCCCUUUAUAUACAGACUUAUCCACAUUCCUCCGAAGAUCCAGGAGUAUCGAUAUUUGAAGGUCCAGUAUGCUUCAAUGGUGGACUGGGAGGUCACCAUGAACUACCUCUGA